AUGUCUCAUAACAACAGAUCACGACGGGGGAAACGACGGCAACCAGUCGAGCAGCAUGAGGAAGAAACCGUCGAUGAUUUGGCCUAUGCGGCAAGCUUUGCCAUGAUGGGCCCACCCACAACAACAUUGCCAACAACGACAAAGGAUGAUCAUGGAGAUUCAGGCAUGGGAGAAGCUUCCGAACCUGAUGGUGAGGGUGAUAAUAACGACGGUGAUGAAGAGAUUGAUAUUGAGAGUGAUAGUGGUGAUGAUUCUGAGAAUAGUAAUGAUGACAAUCCUGAGAAGCCUAUUUCUGAUGAAAUCGACGAGAAUCCUGAAAAUGAAAAGGAUGACGACGACGACGACGACGAUGAUGAUGAGGACCACGAAGAUUUUGUCAAGGCCAUUGCUGCCAUGGAAGAAGACGUUAUUGAGGAAGAAGGCGUAAUAUCCAAAGCCUCUCUCAAGACCCAACACGAAGUGGAUGCCUACAAUACGCCCUUUGAAGAAUUGGAACAACAUUUGGAUUUUCGACUGUCGGUGGAUUUGCUCCAAGCAACCACAAAACCUCGAAAGUUACAACCCUCCGACUUGAAAUGUGCCGGUACCAUUAAACAUCACAUGGCAGAAGAUCGCACCAUUGUUAUUGAAUCCAAUCCACCUGUUCGCGGUGCAUCUUUGAAUCCAUUGGACGAGGGAACGUUAUUGCUAAUGAAGGGAGAAGAAGGAUUAUCGUCAUCUUCCAACAACAACAACAACAACAAGAACCAGAGUCUGGUUCCAUUGGGGAGAAUAUUUGAGACUUUUGGUCCAGUCACCAGACCAUUGUAUACCAUUCGACUUCCAGAACCCAUAGAUCCUCCGAAAGAACCUGCUGCUGCUACUGCGGAAAAGACGAUUCCUCAAGUCACACCAACAAACCCUGAUGGUUGCACUGAGACUGAUAAUACUGAUACUAUCCAGAAAAGUGAUGAAGCUGGCCCAAACAACAACAACAACGAAGACGAUAUCGACAAAAAGGAGACUGACACGACUGCACUACCACCACCAGCACCAGCAGUAGACCAUUGGGGACCCAAUGGCAAGUAUUCUCAAUUGAUUCAAGCAAAAAUGAGUAGUAGUGUACCAGUGUACUUUGUGGAAGAUGAAGCAAAGCUAAUUGAUACGGAUAUGAUUCUAAGAAAAAGUGGAAAGGGAUGCGACGCUUCUAAUGUGUAUGACGAGGAGGUAAACAACAAAGAAGAAAUGUAUUACAGCGAUGAUGAAAAAGAGCGUCAAGCCAAGUCACGUCGCAAAGCUUCGAGAAACCAGCAAUCACAGCAACAACCAGAUGGGUCACGCCAUGUGGGAGCAAGAGGGUUUCACCAGCCCACCACUCCAGCAGGCUUUCAUGCAUUACCCAUGCCACCGGCACCAAUGCCACAAGGAUUCCAUCAACCACCACCAGCAGCAGCUUACUAUGGACAUGGAUAUCCGCCGCCGCCACCACCACCUGCAGCUGCGACGUAUCAACAAUAUCCAAACUAUGGUGGAUAUCCUGGUGGUUCAAAUCCUCCUCCACCACCUCCUCCUCCUGGUGGUCAAGGCAGAAGCUAUUAUCAAGCGCCAAACAAUAAUUCCGGACCACCACCAGCGUAUCAAUACUAG